CUGACACGACCAAGAUCAAUUCGCCAUUUUUGUCUUCCGGGAGGUAACAAAUUUGACACACAGAUUUCAAAACGGAUUUUCAUGUUUUAUAAAAGAUAUAUUGUUAUAUUCACUGUUAUACAAUAUUGAUUUAUGCCUACGUGAAUUUCUGGUAUAGGAUUUAGUUACUUUAAAUGUUGAUCUAUAGAAUUUGAUUGCAAAAAAAAAAAUUGAAUUCAGGAACUUCAGAAUCUGCCUUAUUAUCUGGUUAUUUUCAGUGUUAAUUUCAGUGUUUUUUAUUAAAACUCUAUACAGUAUAGACCUAAUGCACUUGUUUUAAGGAGAUUAUGUAACCUUUGUUAAUGACAUCAGCUUUGAUGUGAGUGAUCAGGUGUGUUAAACUGUAUGUGACUGAUACACAAAAAACAAUAUGGAUUCAAAGAAAUUUUCAUCACCUCAAGAAGAAAUAACUUUCUGGAGAGAGAAAGCAGAGAAGUUUAAACAAGAACUUGAGGAGACGCGGGAAGAGUUCGAGGACUUUCAGGUGAGCAGUCGCGAGUUCGAGGCGGAGUUAGAAACACAGGUGGAACAAUUAGAGAAGAAAAGUAAAACAUUAGGACAAGAGAAUUCUAGGUUACAACAUGAAGUGGAAUCAUUAAGAUCAAAAUUAGAGACAUUACAUGGGCAAAGUCAUACUCAAAUAUCUGAUUUAGAAAGUGAACUUUUACAAGUGCGGGCAUUUAAAGAUGAGUUACAAAAAUAUAUACGAGAAUUGGAACAGUCAAAUGAUGAUUUAGAAAGAGCAAAAAGGGCAACAGUUGUAUCAUUAGAAGAUUUUGAAACUAGGUUAAAUCAGGCUAUAGAAAGAAAUGCAUUUUUAGAAAGUGAAUUAGAUGACAAAGAGACAUUAUGUGAGACAGUACAAAGGUUGAAGGAUGAAGCUAGAGAUUUACGACAAGAGAUUGAUGUACGAGAAAAACCUCUAUCGCAGUCAGGUUCAGGGGCCACAACUCCUACAAACCCUGAAAGUCGCCUUCAAGAAAAGUCACAUAACAAUAAUAAACUGUCAAAUAAAAGUAUAAAUGAACCAAAUGGUACAAUAAAUCACAUUGACCAAGGUGGAAACAUUACUCCAAACAAAGGCAUCCCUACCAUGAAUGGCGGUACCCCACUCACGCCGUCGGCUCGAAUAUCUGCACUUAACAUAGUAGGCGAUCUGUUACGAAAAGUUGGAGCACUAGAGAACAAGUUAGCCUCCUGCCGAAACUUUGUAAAAGAUCCGCCCCGAGGUAGCAACCCGAAAAGUGGGAAUAGUCCUGUCAAUUCUCCAAGAGAUGUCUUUUGGACCAAAGCGCGGCGGCAAAUAAUUUUCUAUCCUGAUUUUAAAGCAUAGGACCAAAAGAAUGACCAGGGCCGCUGUGGUCCACCCACAACCGAGUGUGAAAAUACCCGUGUAACUGUGCCAUCGUAACACCAUCUGACAUCGCUAUUAACAACCGUCUUAGAUAGGAAAUUAUCGUUACACAAACUUUAUUCACAUAAUCUACAUGAUAUUCAUUUUUCGACAGGAAUGAAACGAUUUUUGUUUUUGUUUUAUUUUUGUGGCCAGUGUUGCUUGAUAAAAAAAAUACUCUUGUUAUUUUUUUGGAAAAAAAGGUUUAAGGUAAUUUUAAUGGUGGAAGGAGUUGAUUUAAUGUUGUUAUUGUAUCUGCCAACGUUUUACGAAAGUUUAUUGUCAUGUCACUGAUGAUUGUUCAGUCUCGGAUAUAAGCUGUAAGUCAAUAGAAAAUGAUGAUAAGGUCGUUGCUUUCAGAAUAGUUGGAAUAUCCACAUUUUUGUGUGUUUCGAUUUGUUUUAUUAAACUUGCCAGUGGCACUUUAGUUGCAGUGUGUGCACUUCAUAAAAAGGGAGAGAAGGGUACACAACCAUGAAUUCCGUAGAGGAUACAAAUAAGAAGAUAUUGAAGUACGGAACUGUCCGAAAAGGUUGUGAAAAAAAAAUCAGAAGAGCUGUUAACAUUGGUUGUUAAAACAUCCAACCAUAAGCCAUUUUCGCAAGCAAAACUAGAACAGGUUUUUUGUUUAUUCUAUAUUGAAUAAACAUUAUAUAGAAUAAACAUUAUUUUGUAGGCUUAUAACAAAAAAAAAUCUGAUUUAUUAAUAGAAUGAGGAAUAAUCUACAAAAUAAUGAAUGGCAUCAUGAGAUGUAAGAAACCAAAGAUUAUAAAAGCUGUCUUGUGAUUUGUGUUUUUAUUCUCAAAAUUUUUCUCUUUUUUGGUCAAUGACAGUGUUUCUUUUUUAGCUCACCUGUCACAAAGUGACAGGGUGAGCUUUUGUGAUCGCUUUUCGUCCGCCGUCCGUCCGUCGUCCGUCCGUCCGUAAACUUUUACUUUAAAUGACAUCUCCUCAUAAACCACUAAGCCAAUUUCAUUCAAACUUCACAGGAAUGUUCCUUUGGUGGUCACCUUUAAAAAUUGUUCAAAGAAUUUAAUUCCAUGCAGAACUCUGGUUGCCAUGGCAACCGAAAGAAAAAACUUUAAAUAUCUUCUUUUAAAAAACCAUAAGAGCUAGAGCUUAGAUAUUUGGCAUGAAACAUCUUCUAGUGAGUGUCUACCAAGUUUGUUCAAAUAAAAGCCCUGGGGUCAAAAUUGGCCCCGCCCCGGGGGGUCAUUGAUUUUCCCUAUAUGCAUAUAGUAAAAACUUAAAAAAUCUUCUUUUAAAGAACCCAAAGAGCUAGAGCUAAGAUAUUUAGCAUGAAACAUGUUCUAAUGGGUGUCUACCAAGUUUGUUCAAAUAAAAGCCCUGGGGUCAAAAUUGGCCCCGCCCCGGGGGGUCAUUGAUUUUCCCUAUAUGCAUAUAGUAAAAACUUAAAAAAUCUUCUUUUAAAGAACUUAAAGAGCUAUGGCUAAGAUAUUGAGCAUCAAACAUGUUCUAAUGAGUGUCUACCAAGUUUGUUCAAAUAAAAGCCCUGGGGUCAAAAUUGGCCCCGCCCCGGGGGGUCAUUGAUUUUCCCUAUAUGCAUAUAGUAAAAACUUAAAAAAUCUUCUUUUAAAGAACUCAAAGAGCUAUGGCUAAGAUAUUGAGCGUCAAACAUGUUCUAAUAGGUGUCUACCAAGUUUGUUCAAAUAAAAGCCCUGUGGUCAAAAUUGGCCCCGCCCCAGGGGGUCAUUGAUUUUUCCCUAUAUGCAUAUAGUAAAAACUUAAAAAAUCUUCUUUUAAAGAACCAAAAGAGUUAGAGCUAAGAUAUUUAGCAUGAAACAUGUUCUAAUAAGUGUCUACCAAGUUUGUUCAAAUAAAAGCCCUGGGGUCAAAAUUGGCCCCGCCCCGGGGGGUCAUUGAUUUUCCCUAUAUGCAUAUAGUAAAAACUUAAAAAAUCUUCUUUAAAAGAAUUCAAAGAGCUAUGGCUUAGAAAUUUAGCAUCAAACAUGUUCUAAUAGGUGUCACAAGUUUGUUCAAAUAAAUGCCCUGGGGUCAAAAUUGGCCCCGCCCCGGGGGUCAUUGAUUUUCUUUAUAUGUGUAUAGCAAAAACUUAAAAUCUUCUUUGAAAAAACCCAAAAAGCUAGAGUUUAGAUAUUAAGCAUGAAACAUCUUCUAGUAAGUGUCUACAAAGUUUGUUCAAAUAAAAGCCCUGGGGUCAAAAUUGGCCCGGCCCCGGGGGUGUCAUUGUUUUUAACUAUAUGUGUAUCGUAAAAACUUAAAAAAAAUCUUCUUUUAAAAAGCCCAAUGAGCUAGAGCUUAGAUGUUUAGCAUGAAACAUCUUCUUAUGGGUGUCUACCAAGUUUGUGCAAAAUAAAGCCCUUGGGUUAAAUUGGCCGUGCAACGUUGGGAGGGGGGGGGGUUGUGGGGGCCUAUAUACAGGUGAGCGACCUCAGGGCCAUCAUGGCCCUCUUGUUUUGUUUUGUACACAUUCUUGCUUAAAAAAAAAAUCUUGUUUAAUCACGCAUUAUGAUAUUGCUAUCUUUAGCUUUUGGUCAGGCACAUGCAUUUCCUGAAAAAAUUAGUUGACUAAAUGCCUGAAUAGGGUUAAAAGCAGUCACAAGUUAGUUGUCGAACAUUCUAAUGUUUAGGUAAAGACAUUUGACAUGAAGUUUUGUCAAACCAUGCAAACAAAUUAAUUAAACAAAUCAUAAUUAUGAACUUGAAGUAAGACAUGUUUUCCAUAUAGGUUUAUGAAUAUCAGAUUAAUAUCAAAGUAAUAACAUGAAAGCUUUUUAAAAAAAUCCAUUAUGGUAAAUGAAAAAACAUGUAUAUUUAGUUGAGAUAAAAUAUAUAGAUAAAUGGAGAAUAAUUUUGAAAAUAGAAAAUGCAAAUCAUAUGGCAAACAGCUUUCAGAUGGGGGAGAUGAUAUUACUAGAGAUUUCUAGUCACAAGUAGAAUCUUAGAUUAUUGGUGUGAUGAGGUAGAGUAGUAAUACAAAACUGUGAUCUGUUUUUUAAAAAAAAGUAGUUCUCUGACAUGUAAGGGUACAGAUUUCAUGUCAGAUUUUUUUUUUCAGAAAGAAAACAAAUCAGUUACUGUCUCAUGUACAAAAUGUAGAUUUUUUAAUAGAUAUUUGUGUACAUUGUAUUAUUUUUUUAUUGAAUAAUGUUAACAAAAAAUGCCCCAAAAAAUUGUUGAAGUUAUUUGUCAGUCAUAAAUUAAUUAAGUAUUGUAAGUAAUAAGUUAGUGAUAAGUGAAGUAGAAAUUACAAUUAUAAAAGUAAAUGAUACCUGACACAAGAAUUCUUAGGGUAAACACUUAUAUAUUUGGUUAUUUUCAUAAAACAGAACUCCAAUAUUUUUUGAAAGUUACAUGCCUCCAGAUGAGUCAAAAUAUUUCAAUAAAAUCAAACUUUAGAAAAAUGUACUAAGAUGUUAGGAAAAGUAAAAAGUUUCAAGAUUCAAGUAAUAUUUUACAUGUUAUGUGCGAUUUUCAGUAUUUACAAUGUGAUUCUACUGCGUUGUUAACGUAGUAGGGGCAAUUCAUGCAUAUUUUGACCACUUUUUAUGGUAAUUUACAUGGUUUAAAAGUGCCAUUGACAAUGUGUAAAUUGCUUCUUUUUGGUUACUUCUUAAUAUUACACAUUCAAAUACAUUUUCAAAAUUUUCAUAAAAAUUAGCAUGAAUCUGGAGUCGUGCAGCUUUAAACAUUUGUUAAGUAACAAAUGUUAUUUAUUAUGAAUUUGUUUGAGAUAUUAGUCUUUUUGCACAAAUCAUCUGAAUGAGGUAGUUUAUAAUUUGAUGAGCACUUUGAAUACAAAUGUAUUAAUAAUGAUUUUAUUCCUUUUAACCAUACUAAAUGUCUUAAAUAGACUUGCUUAAAUCAUUUCAGUCUGGAUAAAAACCUUUCAAUAAUUUUAGGGAAAAUUUUAAUAUUUGUCCUUAAUGACCAUGAUCAGACAGUACGGGAGUGCUGGUUCAGUUUGGUUACAUGGGUUGAUUCAGUCACAGCCGGCAGGUUAAACGUUUAAUGAUCAAUAUGACUUGUCGGAAAUCAGGCCAGCAGGCAAAGUUCUGUGCCAUCUGCCAAGACGCACUACAUUUGGGCGCUCAAUUUUAGCCCUCAUUAUAUUGAAACCCCUUCCAAAUAACAAUGUACCAUUCUAAAUUCAUAACAGGGAAAGUCCCCAUUACACAGAUAUUGUGAUGUUAGGGUUAUAAAUCAGUUCAUCCUCAUAAGAGGGUUAUGAACUUGAAAUUAUGACAAAAAUGAAAAAUCAUGUUGUUUUCUUACUCAGUUAAAACACUUAUGCUCAGAUACAUUGUUAUUAAUAAGUACAAGUCAUGUAUAAAGUUAUAAGAAUUGUUUUUUUGUAUUGUUAUCUCAUUACACAAAAUCCAAAUAUCAUCAUUCAAUCAUGUUAUUUAUUUUUUCGCAUCUUCAUUUAAAAAUGUUGUACAUUUUUCGUGUAAAUUGUAUUUUUCGUAUAUCUGCAGUUGUACAUAUUGAAAUUUGUACAUAUUGAAAGAAUUCCAACUCACUCUGGGAGACAAGUGUAGUUAGCUUUACUAAAAGCAUUAAUAGGUUUGAUAUUGUGAAGCCGGGUCCAUGGUUACUGAAAAUGGAAACCAGUAAAGGAUAUAAACCUCUGCCAUUAGUGGAUUUCAAAUCUUUAAUCUGAUUCAACCAAUCAGAUUCUUUGAAAUAUAGACUGGUUUUCAAUUCUUUGGACUCCAAAAGUAAUUAAUUAUUGAUAAUUUGAAAGUGUUAGAUAACCCUUCAGUACAUAUUAAACAAGAUAGUAUUCUUAUAAUUAUAAAUAAGAUAUUCAAAAUAAGCAUCAAAACACCAGAAAGUGGUAAACCCAAAAUCUUUUGAAAUCAGUUGAUUUUUCAGGGGAAUGAUGAAAUAUUGUAAAGAAAUCAUGCAAAUCUGACAAAUAGACAGAUUAUAAUGACUUUCCCAUAAUUAUGUAUCCAUGGAGAAAUUCUUGAUAAAACAUUGGGAUUUUACUAUAUCCCCUUGUAGUAACUUAGUGAAUUACAUUAAAUAUAUAAUAGAAAUCCAAGUUUUGGAUAUACAGUUGUAUUUCAACUUCCCUCUCUUUCACUAUAUCUUGGAUACUUUCAACACCUCAUAUUCUUACCUUUGAAGUAUAGAUAUACCUGAUCUAUAUCUUGCUAUAGGAGCUAAACAAAUUGGAGAAUAUUGUUGAAGAACUCUACAUAGGCUAUUGCAGCACAGAAUGAGCUUACAGAAUAAGUAAUAACCACAUAUGAUACAUGUAGUUAAGUGUGUUGAACUAGGAGUUAGAAGCAUUGAAUACGUGAUAGUUAUUAUAUCUAGUUCAUUAAUCAUUUUAGGGUGAGGGGCACUCAUCAAAGACCCCAUUAGAACAUCAGACAAUGUUAUCUUUUCGAAAUUCUUGUAAGUUCAUAAUGGACAGUUCCAGAAUCAAAGCUGGACAAGUUCAUUACGCAGUAAAGGUUAAAAGACUUGGGGGAACAUGAUUGUGCCUGAGAUAAUAUACAAAGGGGCGCCCAAGGUCUUUGUCCAACAGUUAAGAUGCAAACUAUCCAUAUAACAUGUACAGUGUUUAAGUGACAUAAAAUACAACAAAGUAUAAAGUCUGCAUUGUAUUUAGAAAUAGGAUCAGGAAGAAAUGGUGUUGAAUUAAAAAAAAUGGGAUCAGGAAGAAAGAUAAUGCUCAUAAGAAGAAAUUAUUACAAAAGGCAGUGGGUAUUGACAUAAAAAUCUACUGUCUGUUGAAAAAAAUUGUAUAUUCAUAGCUCCAGGAAUAUGUAGAAAUGUUUACAUGUAUUAAAUUUGGGCAUUAAUAUAAUAUACAAAAUGUUUAAGACAUAAACGAUGCCAAAAUAGGAAGAAAAUUGCUAAGAAAUUUCUUCAAAUGAGACAAUUAAUGCUUAGAAAAUGUAAAUAAGUGAAACUUACAGCUUAGAUUGUUUGUAAACUUUCGAUAAAAAUCGUAGAAUCCACUCAUUCCUAGUAAUCUCUUUUGUAUGUUAAUAUAAUUGUUGUUGUUGUUGUUGAUGAUAAUGAUGAUGAUGAUGCUUGUAAUGUUGAAGAAUCAGCAUAUUUUGGUUGCAUGUUAAAGAUGUGGUUAUAGGUAUAUAUGAUAAUAUGCAUAUGAAAAAUGUUCUUUCAAUAAGUGCUUUACCGUAAUAUACUGGUAGCUAAUUGUGUAUUGUGUCAGUUGUUUUCUUCUCCUUUUGGGUAGAAAUUUUAAUUCAUCGUUCAGCUAUAGACUUUGUUUAAAAUUUCUUUUUCAAUAAGUCUAUGAUUUUGAUGCAAGUUUAUUAUAUUGAAACUGGUUUUAUAAGAAACCAGUUUAAGAAUAAAUAACUUUUAAAAAAAGCAACUUUACAUGAGAAAUUUUUUUUUUAUUUAUUUCAUUGUGUUAGUUUCCAAUAUUUUGGAAUUUAUUUCUUUUUUCAAAUUGUUUGGUCUUCUUGAAUAUUAGAAAAAUUUAUACUAACUUGUAUUUCACAAUCUUGUCUUGAAGUAACCUUCUCUCUCAAACUAUUUUACCAUGCAUAUUUUCUGAUUGGAUAUCUCGAAAAACAUAUUGACACUUUAACCAACUUGUAUUUAAUACAUGUAUUAUUGAAAUAUAAAGCAUGUUAUUCCAUAGUGAACCACAAUGAUAAAACAUGGUUUGCCAUUGUGAACUGUCAUGAUUAAAGCAUGUUUUACCAUUGUGAACCAUCAUGAUUAAAGCAUGGUUUGCUAUUGUGAACCACCAUGAUAAAACAUGGUUUACCAUUGUGAAUUAUCAUGAUUAAAGCAUGGUUUACCAUUGUCAGCCAUUCCGAUUAAAGCAUGGCUUGCCAUUGUGAACCAUCAUGAUUAAGGCAUGGUGUACCAUUGUAAACCAUCAUGAUUAAAGCAUGGUUUACCAUUGUGAACUAUCAUGAUUAAAGCAUGGUUUGCCAUUGUGAACCAAAGCAUGGUUUGCUAUUGUGAGCCAUCACGAUGAAAGCAUGGUUUGCUAUUGGGAAUCAUCAUAAAGCAUGGUUUACAAAUGUACAUCAUUGUGAAUCAUCAUAAUUUUAAGUAUGUAUUAUGUAACUAACCACUUGAAAGGCGGCCUACCUCUUUGUGAUUUUUAGUGAAUUUUGUAAGUCUCGAUUUAUGUGCAAUUAUUGUUAUAGGAUUUCAUUUUUCAUGUAAGGGUGUAGGUUUUUGACUUGUGUAAAUUUUUUGAUUUUUUUAUGUCAUCAAGUGGCAUUUAUUGCCUGUUUUUGAAGGAUAAGUUCUUUUCUUUUACAUAAAAUUGUAAGAAAAAUAUCAUAUUCUUUAAGUGUAAUAGAUUUUAUAUAGAAUAGUUUUUGACACAUAGAUAAUAAAAAUAAAGUUUAUAGUUUUUGACACAUAGAUAUUAAGGUUUAUGGAUAUAUAGUUCUUAACACAUAGAUAUUAAGGUACUACAAUCAUAAAUUUCUUGUGAAAAAUUACUUAGCUUUCUCACUGUUUGUAACCAUGGUGACAUGGAUGUGUUACUCUUCAUCUUGAAGAUGCUUAUUUGUUCUUAUAACAUCACAUGGAGUGGUGAAAUGUUCAGAAUUUUCGCAAGCUUUUUGAUGGCUGUAGUAUACUAAUUUGUUAAGCUACUGUUCAGUUCAAUUUAUGUUACAGAGCUUUAAUUGUUAUUAAUCAAGUAUAUAGAUUCUACCCAGGCAUCUUUGUGUGCCCAAGUUAAUGUGUACAGGAGCUACUGGGUGUUCUCAUUUGUUUUAAUAGGAACUUAAUGAUAUUGACAUUUUGCCUCAACAUUUUUAUACAAUAUGAAUAGUAUUCAUACACGUAUUAAGGAAUUACAUCUAAUGCAGAAGUCAUUAUUAAGUGUAUUGUAUUUAAGUUCUGAAAUAUAUCUAAAGUGAGAGAAUUUGAGGUUUGAAUUAUAAUCAUUAUAAUCAUACAUUGUAAAUGUGUUGUGCACCAUUCCUGUACAUGUGACAAUUUUGUACGGAUGUUUUUUAACAAUCGUGUAAACCGGUGUUUUUAACAACCGUAAGUGGUAAGCCUUUGCAACCAUUAUAGAGCAAAGUCAGUGUGAACUUUUGUGCAGUCUGACUAGACUCUAUAAUGUUUGCAGAUCAAUUUUUGUAUUUUGGUAUUAAAAUCCCUUUGAACUUUGAAUGAACUGCUCUAAAUUCAAAGCAAGGUAAAUCCAGUAUACACAAUUAGCAUGUUAAGUUAAUUCAAAAUACACAAUGUAUUCCUAUCUAUAAUUAAUAAUGAUAUUAAAACGGACUGGAAAUACUUUUUGACAUGUUCAACAUUAAACAUGAUAAAGAAACAGGUACUUCUAAGUAACAGUAAGCGUAAAUAAUUGGUAAAUAACCUCCUAUGUAGAAUUCUGUAUAAGUAUUUUUGCUUGAUCAAUCCAUUCCAAGAAUAUUAGAUGUUCUUAAUAGCAAAAUAAUUGAAAAGUUAUUAUUUAAAAAUAUCAUUUGAUGUCCUUUCAUAAUGUUUUGUAAUGAUUUACUGUUGAUACCUUCUUUGAGAAUUUUAAUAAUUAACUCUUGAGAGAAAUUUAAAAGCGAAAUUGAGUCAUAUAGCUAACGGUUUAAGUAAUGGCUUGAAUGUUUGCUAUGUACAAAAUUGUCUACAGUACAGGGAACAUAUUAUUUUGGCUUUAUUUGCUUGUGUUUUGUCAUUGAAUUACACAACAGUAUGGUUUGAUGUGUACUUUGUCAUAGUAUACAUUCACAUGGACAUGGAAUUGUCAAUUGGCAGAAAAUUGAUGGAAAAAAACUGAAAUAUAAAACUGUAAUAUUGA